AUGAAAUCUUCAGCAACGCUAUGGAAGUUCUGCCAACCGAGGGACAACCCCCUAGCGUUAGCGGUCCCAAGCACUCAAGAAGUUCCCUUAGCCCCGCUCGAAUGCCACAACAUCGAUGCAACUGGCCUCAAUUUCGGCUCCGAGCUUUACUGGAAAUGGUUCUCUCUGCAUGGUGCGGGUCCCGCGGAAGGACAACCUUGGACAAAUCUAACAGAUAGCGACACUCAACAGCUCAAUUCUGUGUCGUCAUGUCACGCACGACUCGAAUGA